AUGCGCAUGCUCUUCCUCGUGCUCGCCGCGCGCUCGGGAGCCGGAGUGGCGGGGUCGGAGCUGCUGCAACGGCGCGAGUGGCCGCGAGGGGUCGUACUGGGGCUCUCCAGAGGCCGAGACCACUACGCGGUGCUCGCGACGGCGCACGGGGCAGCUUUGAGCAGUGCAGCGCCUCAGCAGCGCCUUCAAGCAGUGCAGCGCAACGCCAGCUGCCUCUCUGGAGCUAUGCGGCGGCUGGCGGGCCUGUGCGAUGGCGCCGAUCCGUGGGCUCGGGACGCGCAGUCGGCUCGCGUGCCGGUUGCCGAGUCAGCCUGGCUGGCGAGAAGCGCCAAGGCCUUCCCUGCAUUCUGGGCGCUGCCCAGAAGUGCGCAGUACCUUUGCUGCGCCGACGGGCGGCCUCGAUGCGGAUUGCCGCGAGUGGCGUGGGAGCCUCCAGCGGCGCGGUCGUUGGCCCUGCAGGUGGUGGUGCCCGCGGGCGUCGUUCCCGGCAUGGCGUUUGCGGUGAAUCUGCCGGGCGGGGGUGCGAUGCAGGUGAUUUGCCCGCCAGGAGACGUGAACGCUACGCCGCACAAUCGCGUCGGAGGCGGUUUUGGCCGCGCUGCGUGA